AUGUUACAAAUAGGAAAGAAGAGAGUAAAUCAAGUCUUGGUACUGGCACUUGCUCAAAUUAUGUUUCUGUGCUGGGUUAAAAGUACGAUUAACAUGUCUUUAUUAAAAGUUGAAGAAAUAGAAAGUUCUAUACAAGAUUUAAAUUAUAAGAUAAAUCCCAGUGGACCUCUGAAUAUAAUAAUAGGUAAAUUAUAUCGUGAAAUUGGGUAUAUGCAAAAUCUGUAUAACUUUUCGCCAUGGAUAUACAAAAACCAUAAGUUAGAAUAUAAAAAGGAUGGAAUAUUUACAGUUAAGCAAUCUUUUAAUAUAAAUUCUGUAUUUUUAAGUAACGAGGGAGAUCUAACAAUAUCAAAGAAAUCAAAUGAGUACAAAAGGAAUGCUUAUAUGCUAGAACAUGCCAAGCAGGUUGUGGGGAUGUUUUUAUACGCAUAUGAAAACACACCUAUUAUACCACAGCGGUGUGCAUCUUAUUCGGAUUUUUUUAUAUUGUUUUUAUUCCAUAAAUCUAUCAAGCAAUAUCGCUUCUAUAUACUUAGUGCAUUACUUCUUCUUUCUGAGGGUAUUAAUGUUCCUAUUGAAAUAUCUAUUGUGAAAAAUCAUAGGCAACAGUUUGCUGAAAGACUACUAUUAAGAAAAUACACAGGGCGUGAGGAGGCAGCAUAUUACAUACACACCUCUCUGUGGUUAGAAAAAGAUAAUCAUUCGGAAGAGAAGGUAUAUUAUAAUGGGGCAAAGGAGGUUAUUCAGUUUUUCAUAAAAAAUAGAAAUAAUCCACUUCUUUCGGGCAGAAAUGAGUUUGCAGAAUUAGAUGACUAUAGCACAUUCAGAACAGGGAAGUUUUUAAAUGGCACAAAAUUCCUUAUACAGUCUUAUAUUGCAGAGUUUAUUUCAAGUGCAGAGGAAUAUAGAGAAUUCAUAGAAACUACGUACGAGUUAAUUAAUAACCAGAUGAAAAAUACAGAAAUGACCCAGGAAGACUAUGAAGCUGUUAAUGCUGUAUUUAAACGUCUUUUUAUUAUUAAAAACGAUCAAACUGAAAAUUCAGUUUCUUAUAUAAACCCUAUAUGCAAUAUAACUGACUACAUAAGAAAAGUUGAUCUCUUUCCGCAUAUAAAUUCUGUCAACCUAGCAGAGUACUCCAAAUGUUCAGGGGUUUAUACGCUUAAUAAUCUGCAGGUAAAAGACUCUUCUGUACUCAAGAGAAAUCAGAUGAAUAUGGCUAUUUUAAAUUUAGUUUUAUUUUUGCUGUACAACACCGAGAAUAGAGACUAUUUAAUUAGCUGCGACAACCCAAAAAGUUGUUAUUGCAAUAGUGAAUUUAUUAAUUUUUUCAAAAAGCACGGGCCUAUCCUAAAUGUUAAAGACCCACAGAUGCGCAAAGAGUGGGAAAGAAUUCUCUACACACAAACCAGCAUUAAUAUUAGUUAUUAUGAGAAUAGAAAUAUUUCAAGCGGGCUAAUGAAUAUUCUGCAUGUUUUAAUAGUGAUUAUGCAGCCAGAUAUAGUUAAAAAAAAUAGGCUAGCUGGUGAUUUGAACCUAAAUAUGAAGAAAGCAUACACAAGUUCAGAAGAUCCAGAGAUACAACAUGAGAAUAUAAAAUCUGUUAUACUAGAUUUACUUUUUAAACUCACAAAUAUGUCCAAUAUAUCCAUAACCCGAAUUAACCUGGAGCAUCUUGUUUUUCGCCCACCAUACAAUAAGUUUGAGCUUAUUGGAACUAUUAGCCUACUUUUCAAUUUCAAUAUGGCCGUCUGUGCUGUGGAAUUAAAUAUAACUUUAGAUACGUUUACUGUUUCCUCUAGACCAGAUAGAUACUACAAGGGUAAAAUAACCCAAAUAAUCAACUCCGGCCAGAAUUACUCUAUUAAUUUACAAACCCAUACGGGCAAUCUUGUUUAUGAAUAUAUAUGCAGCUUGGAAAAUAAGUACUUCAAAAUGGACUAUAACUAUGACGACACAUAUUUAUUACAUGUUGAAUCAAAUAUACGAAAAGGAACUUUUAACCUUUACGAGCUUCUUGUAGAUAUGAAGUUCUCGUCAUCUGUAUAUAGAGGGCUGUUUGUGUUUUCUUUUUUAUUAAACACCUCUCCAGAGACUCUUUCCAACUCGCAUGAAUUAGUGCGGUUUACUUCCAAUAUUAUAAAAUACAACUUUAUUGCUAGAGGGGACAAAAGGUCAAUGAAACAUAUUUUAAAUGGAUUUUUAGUCAACAAAAAUUAUGCGCAGUACUAUGGGUCUUUUAUCAUAGGGCCUAUAGAAUUCUUAUGGCCAGAAGAUGAAAUAACUUAUGUUUUAAUUAAGUCACUAAUUUCCAAUAUACUUCGUAUGGGGUCUAUUCAGCAUCUCAGUGCAUCACUAUCUUCUAUGUUACAGCUAAGCCUAUGUGUAGAACACGUCUACAGUAAUUUGGAAAAUUCCUAUACCGCAAAUUAUGUAUUGCAAUUAAUCAUCAAUGCACACAUAGAAUCACAUAGUCGUUAUAUGCAAUCGUUUUUAAGCAGUGUUGAUAGCAAAAUCUUGGGAUAUAAUAGCAGCUAUAUAGCACUUGUCCUUCUUUGCUAUUCAUGCAUCUCGCCAACUUGCCCAAAAUCCAUUAUCAUAGACUUUUAUAACAGCAUAAAUUCCAAACAUCUUAUUAAUGUUACAAAAACCAGUAUACAGCGUAUUUUUAAUGCCCCUGACAUAGGAAUAAUUGCUUCUCGAUUAAAAGGUCUAAAAAAUGAAAUUAGCCCAAAGAUAAAAAUGACACUCUUUAGUAAAAAUCAUGCUAUUAAAAAAUAUAUAAAGUAUCAAAUGGUUAUACACAUCGUUCAGCCAAAUACCACUAUGUAA